CAGGGUUAGCGUCAGGUACAGGGAUACCAGAUCUUAAACUCCCCAGGUCCCUCCAAGUUCAAUUUUGAUGAUUUCCAUUCGUUAUCCUUUCAAUUCACCAUAUCAUCAACCACGUGGAGUUCAAUUUGAGAAAGCCUAGCACUAUCCAGCCUGCCGGCCUUACAAUCUAAACAGUUUAGAGUGUAGUAUGGAUUCUUCGAAUUCAAAGUUAUUCGAUAUUCUGGAGAACGCCGAUUCUAGAAGACGUGCAUAACCACUCAAUGGAGCAACGAACCCGAAUUGGUAGUUCAAUCUCCGGUUAGCUUCGUCACCACCUUACAACCUGCACAAACCAGAAAGCGACUGUUCAACACGUGCUUAUUAGACCGAUACCAACAUCUUGCCUUCCAAGAGCACUAAUUACAAUGUGCGGCUGCUCAUUGAUCAGCUUCGAAAUGUCUAGAUUUGGAAGAACAGGGUUGAACCAGUUUUACGAGUAUGUAGGUGUAUUGAAAGCAUGGUUUAUAUACCUAUGGUUGUCAACCUCGCUUUUCAUUUUGUAGAUGACUUGCUCUUCCGGUGACAUCCGCGUCGUUCGUUGACAAGAUCUAUCCCAUCUUUCCGUUUAGGAAACCGGCAUCAUGCGUGUCUCACAGCCACUCGUUAUCUCUUUGGUGGGCGGAGGAGUCCGAGCUGCCGUGCCCCAAUAUCUUGCGCCGAUUCAGGAUAUCAAUUUUCCUUCUAGUGAGACCGCGACUAAUCCUUUACAAUGGGUAGGCGCAAACGGGCCAUGGUUUGCUGGUCCAAACGUCUUCGGGAUCUCAUCUGAAGUUCCUGAUAACUGUUAUGUCGAUAAGGCUGCCUAUGUCUCAAGGCACGGUUCAAGAUACCCAGACCAAGGUGCUUAUAAUGGGUGGGUAUCUAUGUAUGAAAGGUUCCAAAACUCCAGCUACACUGCACAUGGGAGUCUCUCGUUCCUAUCAAGCUGGCAGCCCGCUCUUACGAACCCAAAGAUUCAAAUUGCCAUGGAAAAUCCUACUGGGGCGAAAGAGGCCUAUGAUUAUGGCUACACGCUCCGGACAAGAUAUCCGGACCUUUACCGCGACGGUGACCAAUUCUUAGUGUGGUCUAAUAAUUACACUAGGGUCCUCCAAACGGCAUCUAUGUUUGUUCGGGGUUUCUUAGGUCCCUCCGCUUCUCAGAACGGAAGUAUCAUCUCCGUUACAUCGAAAGGCUUUGCGGCUGGCGUUGGGGACUCACUCGCCCCAUCGGAUAUGUGCCCGAACUUCAGUGACACGGAGGGUGGAAACAACAAGACAGCUUGGGAUAACAUUUGGGUUCCACCUGUUCAAGCCCGUCUGCAAAAGUUGAUCCAAGGGAAUCUAACCCUGACUGCCAACGAUGUGACUCAGAUCCCCUACUUGUGUGGCUUCGAGAGCCACAUCACUGGCCGACUUUCACCGUGGUGCGGUGUAUUCACCGACGAAGAGUUUAAGCAGUAUGAAUAUUCCAAUGAUCUCCGUUAUUACUACGGAGUUGGACCAGGCACGGACCUUCCCAAGAAGAUGAUGACACCUUUCCUGAACGCACUUGUUGGCCUUCUGCAGAAUGGCCCAACCAACGGUACCAAGGCUGAUGGGUCGACAUUUGCGAUCCCUAAACUUCUCAUGUCGUUCUUGAACGAUGGCCAAUUAACUGAACUGGUCACUGCAAGUGGUGUUUUUGAUGCACAGGCUCCGCUAUCUUCUACCACGAAGGACGAUAAUAGGCUCUGGGUAGGAUCUCGAUAUGUCUCUAUGAGAGGAACCAUCGCUUUCGAACGAUUAAAUUGUGCCGUGACGGGAAACACUAAACCAAAGAGCAAUUGUACGGCAGCACACUCUUCGAAAUCGGCAACUACUGGAUAUACAUCAACUAAUGAAACGUACGUCCGCAUUCGGUUAAACGACGCAGUCUAUCCCGUCCCAUCCUGCAAGAGCGGCCCUGGUUCCUCUUGCAAACUAAGUGAUUACGCUAGCUAUGUGUCUAAGAAGUAUGCUGCAGAGGGAGACUGGAUCAAGAACUGCAACGUCACGGUCACUAAGGACACGCCGACAACAGUGAAGGGUGCCAGUUUCUAUACGGAUUUAACCAAGCCUUGGCUUCAACAGAUCGCGGUUUAUUGAUGUAUAUAAUUCAUAGAAUUAC